UUUACAAAUCAGCUUCAACACCUUUGUGGGAUGAAUAGGCUCGGUUUGUUAUUUUAAGUUUUUUCUGUUAUCAGAUCAGAAAGACUGGAUCUCAACUGAAGACGCCGACGGACGGACAUAUGGACAGAGAGCACUGGGCACUGCGGCGUAAAUGUAGCUACUGGACUUCUUUUCUCCCUGGUUACUGAGACCAAACAAGGAUAACAGCCAGAGCACCACCCUGUCCAGCGAGGUAGUGGGUGGAUGCAGCUUUCAUCAGGCUGCUAUAAGGGAAAGCAGAGACUGUAUAGAAGCUGCAGACACAUCUCCUUGAAAUGGACAGUUACCGCCAAGUAGACUUGUAUUGGAUCGCUAUCUCUUAUUAAACAUUGUUUGCAGGAACCGGCAGCAAAAAUAUUUAUAUCUAUUUUUUUUCUUCAAUGGACUUUGCCCAUAUUGAGCGGACUUGCAGGAUUUCUGUGUAGAUGAACGUGGAAACGAGGGUUUCUUAAUGAGGAUGGCAGAGUGCGUACGGACUGGGUCUCUGACACUGAUGCUGCUGUAUCUGGUUCUGCUCGGCACGGCUCACACAGCCCACAGCAUCUACCCCAGGAUACGGCUCUCUCACAAAGAGCUUUGGCAGCUGAACAGGACCUGGGUGUUUGCGGGACAUGGGACCGCAUCUCUUCAGCCCCAGACCAUGCUGCUGGACGAGGGCCAUGGGAGGAUUUAUGUUGGGGCCAAGAAUACUCUGUUCUCCCUUAGCCUGGACCAGGUCAACACACACCACAGAGAGAUCCAGUGGGCCAGUACUGAAUCUCAGAUUGAGGAGUGUUUGAUGAAGGGAAGGGAAAAGUCGGAGUGUGGUAACUACAUCAAGGUCUUGCAACAGUACAACCAGACGCAUUUGCUGGUCUGUGGAACCGGAGCUUUUAAUCCCAUCUGUGUCCUGGUCAGAGUGGGACACACUGCGCAGGACAAGCUGUUUUCUCUUGAAGAACACAGUAUCAUGAGUGGCAGAGGACGCUGUCCAUACGACUCCAACAGUCCCUGCACGUCUACGCUCUCCAGAGGAGAGCUGUAUAUUGGCCUGUACACAGACUACUGGGAGAAUGAUGGUGCGUUUUGUCGACUUAACAACCAGACCUACACACGCACUGAAAGAGACGACAGGCAGCAACUUAAUGAACCUAAAUUUGUGGGGUCUGCAGUUAUUCCUGACAACGAUGACAGAGAUGAUGAUAAAGUUUACUUCUUCUUCACUGAGGGAGAGACGGAUGCUGAGGGAGGAAACAAGGCUGUGUAUACUCGUGUGGGCCGAGUCUGUGCGAAUGACCAAGGAGGACGGAGAAUGCUGGUGAACCGAUGGAGCUCCUUCCUAAAAACUCGUCUCAUCUGCUCCGUGGCUGGACCAAAUGGCAUUGAUACACACUUUGAUGAACUUGAGGAUGUGUUUGUGCUCAAGAACAAGGAUGGGAAAAACCCUGAAAUCUUUGGCCUCUUUAGCACCACAAGUGCGGUGUUUAAAGGCUAUGCAGUAUGUGUCUAUCACAUGGAUGAAAUAAGAGCAGCCUUCAAUGGCCCAUUUGCUAACCGAGAGAGACCUGAGCAUCACUGGACAGCUUAUGAAGGCAGAGUCCCCUACCCACGACCUGGAUCUUGUGCGAGUCAAGUGAACGGAGGUGGCUUCUCAAGCUCGAAGGAGUUUCCUGAUGAGGUUUUGCGGUUUGUGCGUUCUCAUCCUGUGAUGUAUCGUCCAGUCCUUCCACAGCACCGCAGACCUGUGCUGCUGCAGACAGAGCCAGGCAGGAGAAAGCUAACGCAGAUCGCUGUGGACAGAGUCCAAGCCCAGGACGGACACUAUCAUGUUCUCUACAUUGGCACUGAUGACUCAGUGGUGUUGAAAGUUAUCACCAUCUACAACAAAGACACAGACACCAUGGAGGAGGUGCUGCUGGAAGAGCUGCAAGUGUUCAAGGUGCCAGCACCAAUAAGAGAGAUCAUAAUAUCAUCUAAACGGCAACAGCUGUAUGUUGGAUCAGAAGUGGGUGUGGCCCAAGUCAGACUGCAUCAGUGUGACCUGUAUGGCUCCGAAUGUGCUGAUUGUUGUCUGGCCAGAGACCCUUACUGUGCCUGGGAUGGCCUCACCUGCACCAGAUACUACCCUGCUGGAGUCUACACAAAAAGCAGACGAUUCAGACGGCAGGAUGUUCGCCAUGGCAACGCUGUCCAACUGUGCAAUGGGCUGCAAAUUGGUGAUGAACAAUGGCAAAAAGCUGAGGAGAGGCUGGUGUACGGUGUGGAGAGCAACAGCACUUUACUCGAGUGUGUCCCUCGAUCACUUCAAGCCAAGGUUCUCUGGUUCUUACAAAAAGCCGGAGAGAAGCACGAGAUUCGAGGUGACGAGCGAGUUAUUAUGACCUCCCACGGGCUGCUGUUUUUACGAGUAAGAAGCUCUGAUGCUGGUAUGUACGUAUGCCAGACUGUGGAACAUGGAUAUGUGCACACAUUAUUACGUAUCUCUCUACAAGUGCUCAGAGGGGAAAGGGUGGAGUCAGCGAUCCACAGGGCCAAUGAUGGGGAAGGAGAGAAAGUGGCAGCUCCAUGCCUCCCCUUUACGGGCCCCCCGCCAUUCUCCAGCAUCAGCCCCAGGGCUCUGGGGCCCUCUUCAGUCUCAGGGCCCCACUCCAGGCUCUGGUACAAGGAGUUUCUCCAGCUGAUUGGCUACGGCGAUGCUCAGAAAGUAGAGGAGUACUGUGAGAGAGUGUGGUGCUCUGAUAAAAAACGCAAAAAGACCAAAAGGAAGUAUGGUCCUCUGAAUGGCGGAAAGAGAGGGAUAGGAAGAAGAGAAGAGAACUCCCACCGAGUGCCCAGGCACACCGUGGACACCUGAGGGGAACGGAGAUUGACUCGCACGCACACACACACAAACACACACACACAGACACACACACACACACACACACACACACGCGCAUACACACGCACACACACGCUCUAAAGGUCAGACUCAAUCCGUGUUCGCACCAUGUAAAAGGUAUUUACUUUGCUUUCAACAAGAGCAGUAACUGAAAAACAACAGUUGGCCUACUGUAGCAGGUUGUCUAGCUGUUGUAGCGACAUAUGUCAGUGGCUUGACUGUGAUGUUUUCACUUGUUUUAAAAUGCAACGGUUUGCCUUUUUGCGUGGAGUAGACUGAUUAUGUGUUACAGACCCUGUGUAAAUGUUUUAAACGUCAGUGGCAGAGCAGCAGAGGACCUGGAAGGAGAUGGAUGUUGCCUCUGAUCCGAAUAGAGAGAAUAUAAUAUUUAAGCUCCUGUGGACUGACCCCGCCCGCCCGACCCCGCUGUCAAUCUAAACACGAGAAAGAGACCCCGGCCCACCUCUCAUUCAAUGGCUCAAUGUGACAAACUCUUACUGUAUCUAUUAUGAGAGAAACCUAUGUUCAAGGUGUUGGCCAUCUAACCUUCUUUGGUACUAUGAUAACUUAUUUCUUUUGUUGUUGUUUUUGAUGUCUUAAACUGGAAAAUAUAAUGUUGUUGUUUUUGUAUGGUGAGGUUCAUUAUAAUGCUAAUUUGAUGGUUAUUUUGUGCUGUGUGUGUGUGUGUGGUUACAAUAGCUGCAAAGCAUACACUCGAUGCUGCAAUGCCACUAUUAUGGAUAUUUGAGGCAUGCUUUGAUUAUAAUUAUGCCCUCAAUGGAAUAAUGACUAUUUAAGCACUUGUAAAAUGUUACAGUAGAUGAAAAGUGGACCCAUCAGUGAAUAUAAGUGUUAUUGUAAGUGUCUACAUUUCCAUCAUCAUAUCAAAUGUACCAACAGUAUUGUCCGUAUUGUAUAUUGUAUUUAUCUCAAUCCAAGGUGGUCUUUGUCUGCACUUCUGGUAACUCAAGCUGUGUAUUCAAAGUCAUCCUUCUCGGCUGGCUGUUUUUUUAUUUCCCCUUCUGUCUUUCACUCUCUCCCUUACUUGUUUUAUAUCUUCCUCUAUCACGCCCUCUCUCUUCUCAUGCCUUUUGUUUGUCUGUAACAAUGUUGCAGCUGGGAUUCAUAAUUACAACAACCAAACACCACAUCUCAUACAGAAGAAAAGGUCAAAUAGGAGGACCAUCCAGGCUUGUAAUUAGCUAAACUGAUGAGUCAGCCUCAUGAAUAUUCAGUUAAUCCUGAGAUGACAAAACAAUCCAACAAUCUGUUGUUACAGUAACUAACUUGCAUUGUAGUUUUUUUUUAAGGACCACCUCCUUUUCCAUGUCGUGCCUUAUUUAUCUCAUGAUUUUGUCACUUUAGAGUUUUUACAUUUUUCUAUUCCCUGUUUUCAUAAUUGGGCAAAAACGAUCGCCUGUCAAGGUUUAAUAUAGUCACUCCUCAUUCUCCUUGAUAAUUCUUCACCUAAAACCUUUGACUUAGAUUGAAAAUGUUGUAUCUGUUAUACUCGUUAUGAAUACCUGACAUUAAAAGAAAUGGACCAUC